GGAUGUUGAAUAUGUGGAAAGUCAGGGAGUUGGUGGAUAAAGCUACCAACGUGGUGAUGAACUAUUCAGAGAUAGAGUCCAAGGUUCGAGAAGCCACCAAUGAUGACCCCUGGGGCCCAUCGGGUCAGCUCAUGGGUGAGAUCGCCAAUGUAUUAAAUGGGUGUGACGAGGCGGAGGGCGUGGCUGGGCUGUGAUGGAGCACGGGUGGUGCUGAAUCUGCUGAUCAGCGAGAGAGCGAGAUAAAGGGGCGGCCGGAGGCACCAGUUCAAGAGAGAGAGACGCACGCGGCCGCGCUGCACGUUUGUUUAUGUUGGUUUUAAGUUUACCAUUAAACUUCGUUUACUGUUCAGCCGGUUCCCGCCACCUCCUUGCUUGUCCUUUAUGUGUUACAAUGGGCUAUUGAAAGUUGAGAGUUACACCUGUCACUCUUUGAUUUAUGCCUGCAAAACCUCGUAUUUAGACACUUAAGGGUGGUAUAAUGUAAAGCUGCUGCAAAUCUGCUAAAAGUAUUUAUUGUAUUUUAUUGGAGUAUAUUUAAAGAAAUGUAUUGUAUACUUGUGACAUGCUAGUUUGUACACCCUUCUGUCACAUAUUCCAUGUUGUCUUUUGUUUUUGUACUUUUAUGUUGGAAUUCUUGUUUAGUUUCCUGUGUUAGUUUUGUAGUCCUUGUAGUUUUAUUCCUUGAUUGAUUCUCCAGGUGUUCCUUGUUUUCCCUUGUGUAUUUAAGCCCUUGUUUUACCUGUUUCCUUUGUCAGUUUUUGUAUGUUUUGUCAUGUUCUGUGCCUGGUUUCCUCUGUUUUGUUAUAUUCUGAGUUACUUUGUUCAUCUUUUGUUUGCAUUAUAGCUGCACUUUGAUCCUCAUUCUUUGCCUGCCUCGUCACAGAAAAACUGACCAAAGAUGGAUCUAGCAGUUGUCAGAAUUCUCACCUCAAGCAAGGGGACCAUCCAGUUGAGGAUCACGUCCAUCCACGUUUAUGUACGAGCAGUUCCCUGAAGUGAUGAACAUGCUCUGGACCAGAAUGCUUAAAGACAACAAGAAGAACUGGAGGAGAGUUUACAAGGCCUUAUUACUAUUAGCAUACCUCAUCAGAAAUGGGUCAGAGCGUGUGGUCACCAGCACCAGAGAACAUAUCUAUGACCUGCGCUCUUUGGAAAAUUAUCAUUUUGUUGAUGAAAAUGGGAAAGACCAGGGCAUUAAUGUACGGCAAAAGGUCAAAGAAAUGGUAGAGUUUGUCCAGGAUGAUGACCGGUUACGUGAGGAGAGGAAGAAAGCCAAGAAGAACAAGGACAAAUACAUCGGAGUGGCUUCAGACAGCAUGGGAGGAGGCUUCAAACAAAGUAACACCGGAGAACGAUUUGACUUGGAAUCCAAAAGUAAAUGGGAGGAGGACUGGGACAAAAACAAGAGCAGCUUCCCCUUCAGUGAAAAACUCGGUGAGAUUAGUGACAAAAUUGGCAGCACAAUUGAUGACACUAUCAAUAAAUUUCGCAAGAAGGAGAGGGAGGACACGCCAAACCAUGUCAGUGACAACGAGGAGGAGAAAGUUUCACAGAACGGUCGACCUACGAAGUCAGAGUUCAAUGAUGAAGAGACUGUAACAACCAAGAGCAUCCAGAUCACACAGACCACAGACAGCAUCACCUCCACCACCACCACCACCACCUCCACACGCAAACGUGGCGGUGUCCCAUCCAAAACGGUUGACCUGGGCGCGGCUGCUCAUUACACCGGUGGCAAAAGCAGUCCAAGUGCUGACAACACAUUGACAUUAGUCAGUCAAUCAUCCAACACAGGGCUGACCGAUCUGUUGAUGGUGGACUCUGGCUCAAGUCAGCCCAUGUCUUCAGGUGGAAGCUCAGACAUCAUUGGUGACUUUGCAGAUUUUUCAUCACCUGCUGCCUCUGCCAGUCUCCCAUCAGCUGCUGGUUCACUGUCCACUGGUAAUGGUGAGUUUGGUGACUGGAACGCCUUUGCCUUCACCAGUCCUCCAUCCUCUGCUGCUCCAUCUGCCAUCUCAGACCUGUUCAGUGAUGUGUCCUCUCCAACCGCACCCACAUCCACCCAACCACCUUCCGCUGACCUCUUUGACCUGAUGAGCCCCAACAACAGCAGCCUCAGUGCAUCCCAAAGCAUGACCUUCAGCAUGUGCCCGCAGACUGCAGCCAUGCCAAUGUCCAGAUCACAGACAUUAGGGGGUCCAUUGUUGGCCCAGCAGAUGGGACAACAGAAGUCAGGGGGGAAGCUAUCAAUGCCUGCCACCUGGUCAGACCCAAGCGUGAAUAUCAACCUGGAUUUCCUGUCUGCAGGCCUGAACCCUCCCAAGCCUACACAGCCCACACUCAAUACCAUGAUGCAGCAAGGUGUCCAGCCACCCUUGAACAUGGUCACGCAGAAUUUUGCUGGAAUUACACUCAACGCCCAACCCUCAGCACUUCCUGCCAGAGCAGGAAUUAACCCCAUGAUAUCCGGAGGGACCUCUGGCAUGGGAAUGCCUCCUGCUAUGGCAACGGGCACCAUGGGAAUAGGCUCUAUGAGUAUUGGAGGAAUUCCCGUCAGUCAAGGACUAAUAGGCAAGAACAUGGCACCCACUGGCAUACCCCUUCAAGGUGCCCUUGGCAUGCCUAGCAUGGGCAUUUGCCAUGGUAUAAAUCCCACCAUGGUGCAACCUAAACAAGAUGCCUUUGCAAACUUUGGCAACUUUGGGAAAUGAAAGGCGUUUCACUCCAAGGGGGUUCUCAGUUCCAAAUAAACCUUCGAGAAAGAAGGAGCUGCAUCCAGUAAAAUGGACAAAACUAGCCAGUGUCAUGACUGUUCAAUCAUCUGUCCUGAUACAUUUAACAGAAAACAUAAAUCUGCUUUUCUUUUGUGUGGGGUAGGUGAUUGAAGGGUGGAAUGUUUUUGUAAAUUGUGCAAACAAAGCAUAUUAUGUACUUUUAAAAAAGAUGGCCGUGUCCUGUGCAGUUUGGUACAAUUUCCACUGUUUUAAAAUCAGAAACCGCAUACACAUUAUGUAUUUCGUCAUGCCCCCUUUCACCUUUUAAAUACGAUUGAGUUCAGAAAUUACCUAAUAAUUUACAUUAUUCAUGUUGUGAUAGAGACGGCGAGGGUUUGACCCUUUUUGGUUGCUGUUUUUAUUUUCAUUUUGAAUUAUUACAGAUACACUGCCCUUGAUUCCAUUAUCACUCCAACAAUCUGCAUUUGCAAUCUUUGGCUUUUACAGCAAGUCAGAAAAUAUGGUCAGCAUUUAUACAGACUAUAUCUGUACUAGGUAUACUUUCAAGACUUUUGUGUAGCAAGCUGCCUGACGAUAAAUCGAAGUGUGUCUGAAGAUGCAUUGGGUGCCUUUUUAUAUGGAAGUUAUCUACGUAAAGCUAGUAAACAAUAUUUGAUGAAUUGCCAUCUUCCAACAAUCAAGAGAUGUCACUCCAAAACUGUUACUACUGAAGAGAAAAGGUGUGUUACAUAAAAAGCGUAAGCCAUUUACAGUCUUGGCAGUAUGGCAGAGGAUAGGGAAUCUUAUUGUGAAGAUUACUGUGAGUAACUUGGGUGAGAACAGAGGUCUGAUUCUAAUAUUUAUCGACUUAAGCCACACAAAUGCAUUUGUCGGUGGUAGCAGGAGCUGUUACACAUUUCCAGCAACUACUUGAAUUGGUGUUUUUGAUGCCUCAUAAUAACCAUCAUAUCUGUUAGUGCUUUCUUGCAUGAAUGUUGUGUCUAAAGUUUAUUGUCUCAAGCAUUGUUCCGGGUCAGUGUUACUUUUAUGAAAUGUCUGUCGCAAGAUUGCAAGUUGGCUACGGAAUAACUGAAGGCAUUGUGAACCCAAAGUGAAUAGUACGGUCACUUUGAAUUACAUUUUUUAUAUUGUUGUUUUGGUUUUGUCCAUUUUUCCAUAUGCUGCUUUACACAAACAGGGAGGGGCCUUCAUCAGGCACUAAGGCAUUAUAUUCAGAAUGACCAAAUCUUUAUUUUAUUACUAUUUAGAUUUAUUCCAUAGUGGUUUAGUGUCUUAUUUUAAUACUUAAAAUUAUACAGAGAGAUCCUCUGCAUUUAAAUGUUGUUUUAGACAUGGACAAAUUAUUGAGUAAACACUUAUUAGUUUCUGCCAAAUGUAAAGAGAACAUGAGAUCAAGCACCUCUUUCAUUCUAGUUUCUUUUCGUAAAUCUUUUUAUGAUUUUAUUGUACUCAGAAACUUUGUUUAACAUUAAACAAUUUCAUCAAAUCUAACUGUAUUUUAUUGUCACUUUUAAGCAUUAAUUAGUGGACGAGAGGACUUCACUCGAAGUAGUGGAUGGUUAUGAUUGAGGACCAUCAUGGACCUCUAUUCUAUUGCCACUGGAGACCUGAUGCACAUUCUGUUGCCACAUUUUACACGAAGUGCUUGACCUAAGCAAAUGGCAUUGGCCAAUGAAGUGCCAAUAAUGAGGUAUUAUU